GUCUGUCAUUAUAAUAGCUUGUUAAGUUAAAUAUCUAUUUUUAUCUUUGUAUAUAUAUAUGUAUAUAUAUAUAAUUAUAUGUGAUAGAUUGCAAAUAGCGAAUUUAAGAUGCCCCAAAAAAAUUAGGUUUGAGCUGAGGUCGACAAAGUGUUGAUACUAUCCAAUAGAUGUAUGUUUAAAAGUAUCUUACGAAAUAUAUCUCACAAGACAAUGAGCGAGAAUGUAUGGAGACCGAGAUACUUUGAUAUAGGAGUUAAUUUUUCUGAUUCUAUGUUUAAUGGUUAUUAUCAUGGAUCAUCAGAACCUAAACAUCCUAGAGAUAUUGGAAAAGUUAUUGAACGAGCUCAUUUAUUUAAUGUUGAUAAGAUGUUAAUUACUGCAUCUUCUAUAAAGGAAACAGAAGAUCAUUUCCAUUUAUGUGAACAAUAUCCUCAUAAUUUUAAUUCAACUGGUGGAGUUCAUCCAUGUACAGUUGCUCAAGAAUUUUAUCAAAAGCAAUCAGGUAAUCAUCAUUAUAGUGAAGAAUUAAGAGAAGAUGUAAAUGAAAAAUUACUUAAACUUCAAAAUUUAAUUGAAGAAGGUUAUAAUAAAGGAUAUCUUAAAGCAUUUGGAGAAAUAGGAUUAGAUUAUGAUAGAUUUCAUUAUUCUAGUAAACAUCAACAAAUUACAAUGUUUAAGAAACAAUUAGAAAUUUAUUCAAAUUUAAAGCAUCUUAAAUUACCAUUAUUCUUACAUAUGAGAAGUGCAUGUGAUGACUUUAUAUCAAUUAUUAAACCAUUUAUUGAUGAUGGAUCUAUAGAAUUCGGUAAUGGAGUAAUUCAUUCAUUUACAGGUACAAUUGAAGAAUUAGAAAAAUUGAAAAAAUUAGGAUUUUAUUUUGGUGUAAAUGGAUGUUCAUUAAAGACUGAUGAUAAUUUAGUUGUAGCUGCUAAAAUUCCUAUUGAAAAACUUAUGAUAGAAACCGAUGCUCCAUGGUGCGAAGUUAGAAGAAGUCAUGCUAGUUAUAAAUAUUUAACUGCGUAUCCUAAUAAGUUUUAUCCUGAACUUGACACUACAUUACAAAUUAGUGAAUCAGAUGUUAGUUUGAAUUCUAAUAAAAAGAAACAAUCAGAUAUUAAAUUAGAUGAUUUACUCCCAUUCCCAUCAAUAAAGAAAGAAAACUUUCAUAAACAUAGUGCUAUAGUUCAAUCAUUAUUAGAAAAUCAUGCAACUCCAGAAACUAUUGAAUAUAGAAUAGGUAAAUUCGCUCAUCCUUUCAUAAAAUCAAGGAAUGAACCAGUAAAUGUUGGUCAAGUGGCUCAAAUUCUAUGUGCACUUCAUGAUUUAAAAACUGAUGAACAGAUUGAAAAGUUUAUAGAUAUUGUAUACGAAAAUUCAUGUAAACUAUUUAAAGUUUAAGUCAAAGUCACAAUAAUUCGUGUCUUGUCUUGUCUAUUAUACAUAUAUAAUACAUAGAUUAGAAUAGAAAUAAUG